ACGAAAAUUAUUUGAGCAAGCGGGAAUAUUUAGAUAAUAUUUUAUAUACCUUCUUUGCUAUGGGUUAUACUUCUGAUUUAGUUUUACGUUUCCUACGUAAUUAUUUUCCUUUAAAAGGUAUUCUGCUUGUACGUGCCUUUUUCGGACACUAUUUCAGUUUCAAAUGUCCCAAAAUAUACUUAAAGUUACAUAAAGUGUACUGCGUUGUCGUUACGUUGGUUUGCGUAAUAAUAAUAUUUAUUAUGACAAAUGAGUGGCGUAAAUGGGUCAUUUUCGAAUUAGUCAUUAUGACUUUGGCAUCUAUUUUGAUUGAAGGUGAUUGUUGUGGAAAAUUCCUCUCCUUCGUCGAGUGUACAGAUCACUCUUUUGGGCUCGGUCGUCGGAACUUGGCAAGUCCCAGGCUUUAUGCGGCUUUCUUUAUAAUCACAUCGAUAAGAUUAUACAUAGAUUAUAUAAACAUACAUGCUUUUUUCGUUAAUCCUGUGCUUUAUUCAGCUUUUACUUUCCUGUAUACGGGCUUGGAUUUAAAUCACUUGUUAAGAAUGAUUGUAUUUGACAUUUUGUAUGAAAGAGCAAAGCAUCUUCGUAAUCAUUUUGAAAGUAUUUGUAGUCGGGUUAACGGUGACGACAACAUGAUAUCUGAAGUAAAACGAGGGAUAUUAUUAUAUAAGGAGCUAAUUGGUAGUAUCACAGUGCUCGAAAAAAUCCAAGUGACGUAUUUAUUAGCUCUGGUGGCCCGCUUCGCUGCGAAUGUUGCAGACAUUCAUUUGAUACUUUGCGUGGAAAAAAGGGACGAGGUAUAACUAUCCGUCAUUCUAAUUAUUAUACAUGCCUUUACUUAAGUAUACCUAAGCUUAUCUAACUAUACACAAUUUACGAUUAUAAGCGUAUCUUGCUGUUUUAUACACACAUUAUUUUAAGUAAUGGGAGAGGACUAAAUUGCGUAUUACGGUAUUCAGAUUGUAAUGUCGCCCG